GUUCGGUGCGCCUGCAGCGAGGUCAAUGUCCUCUGACAGGCCGCGUUCUCGCGAGAGUUCGACUAUCUGGACCACUGGACUGUCGUUCAGGGUUACCUGAGAGGACGGGCGCUUGACGAUACAGUCCUGAGGAGGUAAACAUGUCUCAUAAUAAUGAUGAAGGAUAUGUGGUACGGAUCCGUGGUUUACCUUGGUCAUGCACACAAGAGGAAGUGGCCUCCUUUUUCUCUGACUGUGACAUUGUAGGUAAAGUGAAUGGGGUGUGUUUUACCUUCUCCAAAGAGGGAAGGCCGAGUGGAGAGGCGUUUGUAGAGCUGAAGACAUCGGAGGACUUUAAAAAGGCUUUGGCAAAAGAUCGUAAAUACAUGGGACAUCGUUACAUCGAAGUGUUCAAGUCAAACCGUAGUGAGAUGGAUUGGGUGCUGAAACGCUCCGGUCCCACAGACUAUGACAGCAGCAGCGGUUGCAUGUUACGUCUAAGAGGCCUGCCGUUCGGCUGCAGUAAAGAAGAAAUUGUACAGUUCUUUUCAGGGUUGAAAAUCGUGCCAAAUGGGAUAACAUUGCCGAUGGACUACCAGGGGAGGAGCACAGGGGAAGCCUUCGUGCAGUUUGCCUCAAAGGAGAUAGCAGAAAAGGCUCUGGGGAAACACAAGGAAAGAAUAGGGCACAGGUACAUAGAGAUAUUCAAAAGCAGCAGAAAUGAAAUGCGUGCAUACUACGAAGUACCGCGAAGGAUGAUGGGACAGAGGCCUAGUCCAUAUGACAGACCCAUGAUGGGACGUGGAGGCUUCUUUGGGCCCGGACCAGGAAGGGGAGGUGCCGUCCUGGACCAGAUGCGCAGCGGAGGCGGUUACAGUGGCGGAUAUGGUGGGUUUGACAACUACAAUGGCUUUAACAACUACUGCUUUGGUAACGGCAUGUUUGAAGAGCGUGUACGUGAUGACAGAGGAAGAGGAAGAAUGGGGGGUCACGGCUACAGCAGCGAUUCAAACUCAGGCUUUCACAGCGGCCAUUUUGUGCACAUGAGAGGCCUACCGUUCCGCGCUACAGAAGCGGAUAUUGCACAUUUUUUUGCCCCUUUAAUUCCCGUAAGGGUGCAUAUUGAUGUAGGACCUAAUGGAAAGUCUACAGGAGAGGCAGACGUUGAGUUCGGAUCUCACGAAGAUGCUGUGUCUGCCAUGUCAAAAGACAAGAAUCAUAUGCAGCAUCGUUACAUUGAGCUUUUCCUGAAUUCAACUUCAAGUGGGCCGUCUGAAAUGGGCCGCGGAGGAGGUUUCUAUGGCAACUCUGGCAGUAUGGGCUCGCGAGGAAGUGGACUAAGGGGGAUGUAUUGAGGAUGCUUACAAUUCAUGCACUUUUCAACCCAAAGUUGGAACUUCCAGCUUGGAAGGUUUUUAUAUGAAUAUGUUUUCACAUGUUCCUAUGAAAUAUGCCCAAACUAUUUUCCAGGCUUGAAGAAAAUGAAUCUAAAUCCAUCUAUAUAUCUAAUAUAUAUAUAUAUAUAUAUUUGAGCUGUUGCAUAUAGAUUGACCGGCUACUGUACAUUUUGCUUAAUGAAUUUUAUAUGACAUUCUGUGUAAAAGUCUAACUAAAGAAAUGCGCUUUGUAUGUAUUUUGACUCAAAACUGAGUAUGAAUAGCUUGAAGCUCAAGUUGUGUGUGUGAGAUUGCACUUUUAUUUUCUUUCCCAAAGCAAUAACAUCAUUUUGGAUGUUUACCUGUUUUUGCUGCUCAGUAAAAUUUCUAAUUGAAACCUGUGAAAUUUACACAUCCAUGGAAUAAAACCUUUUAUUGAUAUAUUUUAUUUUUGACCUAAGAAUGUUCAUUGAAGACAACUGUAAUGUAAGAAUAAAGUGUGAUAUCUUGUGUUUGGUCUAAGCUAGAUGAAACAUAUGGCGCUAGUCCAUUUAUGUAUUGUAUUUUAAUACAGGAAGAUUUGUGUCGC